AUGGCCUACGCCCUCAAAACAGAACUCUUCCCCUUGCACGGCGGCUGUCCUUGCGGCCAUGUCCGCUACCAGCUUGACCAGCCUCCUCUGCUCGUCCACUGCUGCCACUGCACCGCCUGCCAGCGCCAGCUCGGCACCGCCUUCGCCAUAAAUGCCAUCGUCGAGGCCACCGCCAUCACCGUCCACGACGGCCCAGCCCCGAAGAGAAUCGUCGCCGAACCCGAACCGGCCGCGAGCCUCCAGCACGGCUUUGCCACUCUCACUCGCGCCGCCGCCGCCACGCCGCACGACGAGCAUCGUCCUCCUUCUUGCCUCACUUCGUCGGACGUGCCGCGAGAGUCCAAGGACGAAGCCGACGCCGCCCUCCUCCGAGUCACCAUCCCUUCCGAGUCCGGCAUCGGCCAGACCAUCGUCCGCUGCCCCGUCUGCCGCGCCGGUCUCUGGAGCCACUACGUCGACGCCGGUCCCCUCGUCGUCUACCUCCGCGUCGGAACCCUCGACCGCGCCUGGGAGAUCGACCCGGACGUGCAUAUAUAUACCCGCAGCAAGCGCCACUUCAUCCACAUCGCCGACGGAAAGCCGCAGUUCGAGACUUACUACCCGGACCGCGCCGACCUCUACCGCCCCGCCGUGCUGGAGAGGGUCGAAAUCUUGAAGCCCAUGCUGCAGUCCUACAUGGCGGAAUUGAGAGCUGCUCUGCGUUGA